GAAAAAGAAGAACCGGAGCGUCGUCUUCCUGUUGCUGCGUCGCCACAUCGUUUUUUCCCCCGCUAAAUUUUAAGAUCUGGAAGAUUUGCGGAGUUCCCGGAGAAUAGUUUUGAGAUCAUCUUGACAGUGUGGUCCAACUCUCUCGCCACAAUGAUCACCAGAAAAAGAGGCCGCACUGCCAACAGCAUAAAGGAGGAGUCGUUGGAAGUUGAAGUAAUAGAUGUUGUGGAAAAUGUGGAAGAUAUUCCAAAGCCAUACGAGGGGGACCCAGCUGAUGAUUUGGAUUCUGCCGGCGGUGCUUUAGAUGACCUCUUUGAAGACUUGACAUGGACACUGGGAAGAGAUACUUCAUCACCGCUAUUUGAUAUUGAUUUAGCUGAUCUUGGUGUGUACGGUGCCAGAGACCAAGACUCUAGCCUUGAGGUUUCAACUGCUUCAUCUCCAGAAAGAAUGUCAUCUGACUCAAGGAUGAAGAAGAGGCAAAACCUGUCAAGCAGUGUCAUCAACAAAAAUGCCAUCGCUGCCAGAAUGAAUCGUCUCAAGAAGAAAGAAUAUGUCAACAGCCUGGAGAAGAGAGUUGACAUCGUGUCAACAGAAAAUGUCGAGCUCAGAAAGGAGAAUACCCAGCUGUCAAAGCGGGUGGAAGAGUUGGAGGAUGAAACCAGGUACCUGAGAGCUGUGCUGGCUAAUGAAAGCAUGUUAGCCCAGCUCUUGUCCAGGCUGAGCGGUGUGAAUGGGAUGAAAUUAUCUUCCUCACUUUUCCAGGGCCCCAACUCAAAUGACCACGACUAUGCGUUGCCCAGGAAGCGUGUGAAAGUGGAGGAGAAAGAGACAUCUGGCGGCGUAUGCCUGCACGUGGACAAGAACCAUGUCUCAGUGGAGUUCUGCACAAAGUGUGCAGAAAGUGCAAGCACAUCACUCAAAAUGUAGGGUCAAGUACUUAUCUCUGUUUUCUGAUAUUGAGACUGAGCUUCAAAUGACUCAGCUUGUUGAACAUCUUGAAGGUGGAAGAACACUGAAUUAAGAUUACCUAAAAACUGCAGAGUGUGCAUGGUUGUUCUGUUUAGUUUUUUGUUUCUUUUCUCAUUUUGAUUUUGUGAUAAUGGCAUGACUCCACGUUACUGCUAAACCUUGUUGACAGUUUCUUCUAGGUAAUGGUUGCUCCCCCAUGCCGGAUGAGUGGCUUUCUGAACACCUUUACCUGCCUGACUCCAUGGUAAGGAUCAGACCAGAAAAGACAGUUUUUUUUUGUUUUUUUUUAGCAGCCAGCCUUUGUUCCUAGUACUUAGUGGAUUUUGAGCACUUUGUACAUUUCUUUUGUUUGUGACUUAUUGUCAAGAGAAAUUAUUUUACUGUAGUUAACAAAGAAUUAAUAAGUUGUUAAGAUGAAGGUGGGGUCCACAAAGAGAAAUCUUAAAUCGGAUGUCAAAUUGGAAACGACAUAGUCCAGAGAGAGAAAAAUCAUCUCUUGAGUGAAUUUUUAUUCUUUGUAAGGCGCUGUCUCUUUGUGAACCCGCACCAUUGUAAAACAAGAACGCUGUAAUUUAGCGCCACCUAUUUUUCUUUAUGCUAAAGUGGAUUCUGCUGAUGGAAGGCGAAGAGGCUGGACAAGCUGCUGCCAUCGCGGCCUGGUAUUUUUUUAAAGGUAGUAUGGGUAACAAACGGUAUAUGUGAUUUAUUUUUUACCAAUACUCUGCACCAUCUGUAGAUGCUGAUCCUGUCAGCAUAGCUCAUGCAGCACUUUUGGGGGCUGACUACUAUUCCUCCAUUAUUCAGAGCAAUUCUGCCUGAAGCUUCAGUCUCAUUGUGUUUUGUAGAUAUGUAUAUAUUGGAAUGUACAUUAAAUACACUCAUACUGCUGUGAGCAAAAUAUUUGAUCAUGUGUAAUAAGCUGUAAAUGUUUAAUUUUGAAAACACAUUGUCUGAGAAAUGUUGGAGAAAUAAAUUCCAUUUUCAUUACAUUUGAGUUACAAAUAUCCAGGCUCUUGUUCUGUACUCUUGAUAUUAAUGCAUCUCUUUUUCUCUUUCUAAACAGCAAGCUCUCUGCCGAUAAAGGUCUAACUUUUCCUGAACAUUUGGGUCAAGUUGGGUAAAGGUUGUCAGAACUAAUGGCCAAGACAUUUGAUGGAAGUACAAAGCACAAAGUCUGAGCGGCCAGAGGGAUUUAACAUCCGGCCUGUGUUUUAGCCCAUGUACUUUAAAAGGUGGACACAUAUAUUCCCGAACAAUCAAUGGAUUUUUUCUCUCCUCCACUCUUAUGCCAGUCUGCAGAAGCAGCGUCACGCCCUGAUGAGCCGUUGUCACUGCUACAAAGCAGGCGAUGGCGGCGCUGCUAACGAACAGCAACAGACUUUUUUUUUUUAUUAUUAUAACUUUUUUCCCUCUCAUGGAGCUGUGUAGUUGGACAGGGCAACACUAGUUUUCCAUACUGAAUUCUGUUCAAACUACUCCCUUGUUGUGCUUGUUUAAAAAAAAAAAAAAAAAAAUCCAAUUUAGUUGAUGGUGAUGUAGAGAGGAGUGUGGACGCUCAGUUUCUGAGUUUGUUACUGUCAGAGCUGCGAUAAUAGGUACUGGUUGCUAUUUUUUUUCUUUUUGUGCCGUUCAUUUACAGAUCCAAACAUCUCAGAGCUGGUCUCUUAGCAGAACUGAUCUGUGGACAGAAAGGCGUUGAAGUUAGUUAUUGUCUGUGUGAUGCAGGCACACUCAUUUUGCUGUGGUGGGUUAAGGAACGUUGUGGCAUCCCUUCCUGUUGCAUGUGGCGUUGUACCUUUUUUUUUUUUUUUUUUUUUUUUUUUUUUUUUUUUUUUUUUUUUUUUUUUAAUCAAAAAAUAAUUAGUUGGAUGCAACAUUUGUAACCCUCGGUACACUGAGGUUCUCGCUCGUAAGAUGAGGAUGCAUUAGUGUUUGUCUUUGAAGUGGGUUGUUUCAUUGUUGGAGUGUGAAGUUUAAACCAGCCAGUUCAGGUUGUUGGUGCUAAAUGUUGCGGGUGUUCCUCGGUGAGCUGCAGGCUGACCAGCACACCGACCUAAUCGACCCCGCAGAGUCACAACAAAUAGACUGCAUGACGUAACUGCUCAUGGCUCUUUACAUAUGCAUCAUCUUCAGUGAAUAUUACUAUCUGAAUGUGGCUUGAAACACUAUUUGAUACACAUUUAUAGAAUAAUAAAUUGAAAUUAGCAGUACAACUGUCUGAUGUAAUUUAGUAGUUGCUUCUUUGUGUGAUUGUGUUUGUCUCCAGGAAAUCAGCCAGCUGGUGCAUGGUAUCUGACUGAGUUGAUUUCAAAGCAUACGUCAUUAAAAUAUUAGAAAUAAACAAAUAUUUGGGGUGUUUUUUUUAAAGACCCUGCUAUCUGCAUGGUUUGUGUUGCUGCUGCACUUCGGCUCAGAGUUGUAGGGUUUUUAGUUAGUUUUUUUU